AUGGCGCCGCUGCGGGUCUUGUGCCUUCACGGCUACCGGCAGAACGGCGCCUCGUUCCGGGAGAAGACGGGCGCCCUCAGAAAGCUCCUCAAGAAAAAAGUCGACUUUGUCUACAUGGACGCGCCGCACUCGAUCGAACAAGAUUCCAUUGAGGGAACUGAGAGCGGCGACGGCGACCGUCGCGGCUGGUGGUUCUCAGACCCCGGCGCGCGGACCUUCGACGCUCGGCAGCUCUGCGAGGACAGCUCGGGCCUGGACGAAAGCGUGGCGGCGGUGCGGGAGGCGGCGCGCCGUCACGCGCCGCUGGACGGCGUCCUGGGCUUCAGCCAAGGCGCCGCUUUGGCGGUCGUGCUCUGCGCGUUGCGGGAAUCGGGCGCCGAGCCCGACUUGAGCUUCCGGUUCGCCAUCCUGGUGGCCGGCUUCCGCAGCCGCUGCGCUCGGCACCUGACCUUUUACUCCGCGCCGCUGGAGACGGCGUCCAUGCACGUCUUCGGCCUGGAGGACGGCGUGAUUCCCGCCGACGAGAGCCGCGAUCUACUGGCCGUCUUUCGAGAACCGGAGGUCAUGACGCAUCCCGGCGGACAUUUUGUCCCGGCCGCUUCCGCUCACAGACAAAACUACCAGGACUUUCUGGAGCGCUUUCAGUAA